AUGAGGGGAGAGUCUUCAACCAGUGUAAAGCUGUUGGCAAACGCAGUGCCCCGCCGCGGUCCCAGACAGCCUGCAAAGGUAAAGGAGGAAACUUGGGUCGGGCCGGGAAGAGGAUCUGUCGUAGUGGAUGCUGUUGAUCCUGUUGUUGAGACCAAGACAGUAGUUGAAGAGCCGAGAGAGCUGAGUGAAGCGGAGGGACUGCUGCUGACCACAACCUGUGAAGUCGAUGUGAAGGAGAACACCGUAGAGGGAGAGAUAGACGUUGAUGAAGGCGGAGGUGGGGGAGACAGCGACGUGGAUUCCGAGGCUAUAAAGCUGCUUGUUGGCGUUGUCUGGCUGGUAGUGGGAGAUGAUGUCGAAGGUCCUAAGGAGACUGUUGAAGACGGCGGCGGCGGGAUUGAUGAAGAGACAGUGGAUGAAGGGGGAGGCGAUGAAGCCGGGACAGAGGCGGAAGAGACGACCGGCGUGACCUUGCUCGUGCUAGUGUGA